CUUAUAUUCAUUAGUUGUUUGUUAUUAUUGUAUUACUAUCUUACACGAACAUUUGAUUAUUGGAAAAUUCGAGGUGUAAAAGGACCAAAACCGAUAUUAAUUUUUGGUACUGUAAAAGAUGUGAUACGAACUAAAAUAUCUUUAUCUAUUUUUCUCAAGGAUAUGUACGAUAAAUAUAAGGAUGAACGAAUGGUUGGUAUAUUUGAAAAGGAUGUACCAUCAUUAAUUCUACGUGAUCCUGAUCUCAUCCAAGACGUGCUUAUUACGGACUUUUCUGUGUUUCCUGAACGACCGAUGUUUUCUAAUGAAAAGCACGAUCCUCUAACAGAGAGUCUCUUCAGAAUCAAAGCGUCUAAAUGGCGACCGUUAAGAACAAAGCUGUCACCUGUCUUUACAUCUGGCAAGUUGAAGAACAUGUUUCACUUGUUACUCGAAUGUUCCGAACAUUUCGAGAGAUAUUUGAUGCAGAUUGUAGAGAAAAACGAGAUAGUAGAGUGCCGGGAUCUUACUGCUAGAUACACUACUGAUGUUAUUGGUUCUUGUGCUUUCGGUCUUGAUAUCAACUCCAUCAACGACGACUCAAAUGAAUUUCGUCGAAUGGGAAGAAAGAUCUUCCGAAAUGAUCUUAAAACUUAUUUCAAAGAAUUAGUUCGAAAAACGCCAUGGCUUUACAAUAUUAUUGGUCGAUUAUUUGUUGAUAAAGAUGUCGAAGAAUUUUUUAUAAAAAUUACGAUGGAUAUGAUACAUUAUAGAAAAAGAAACAAUAUCCGUAGACAUGACUUUAUCGAUAUUUUGAUAGAUCUGAAGGAUCAGGAGAAACUCAAUGAUUUUGAACUGACUGAUGGUCUUAUUACCGCACAAGCUUUUGUAUUCUUUGCUGCUGGAUUCGAGACAUCUUCGACUACACUAAGCAAUAUGAUGUACGAAUUGGCAAAAAAUCAUACAAUUCAAACAAAAGUUCGAGAAGAGAUAAAAAAAGUCCUCAAAUCGACUGAUGAAAAGAUUACUUAUGAUUCUUUAAAGAAAAUGAAAUAUUUGCAUGCCGUUUUUCAAGAAACUCUACGAAAAUAUCCACCGGUGAUGUAUCUUGUUAGAGGCUCAUUAACGGAUUACACGUUUAGAGAUACUAACGUUAUGAUAUCGAAAGAUACAAAACUUUUCAUACCGAUUUACGGAAUCCAACAUGAUCCAGACAUUUAUCCCGAUCCCGAAGUUUUCGAUCCUGACAGAUUUAUGGACGAAGUUAUGAAAUUGAGACAUCCUAUGCAUUUUCUACCAUUUGGAGAUGGUCCUAGGAAUUGUAUUGGUUUACGUUUUGCAUAUAUUCAAACAAAGAUAGGCCUCAUCAAAAUUCUUAACAAUUAUUUAAUUGACGUUUGUGAGAAAACACUAACACCAUCGUAUCCUUUGAAUAUGCAGGAUGUCCUAAUGCUACAACCGACGUGUGGAAUAUACGUAAAGCUAUCACCCAUUACCGCUUCCUGAUGCAUUAUGCACGAAAUUAUACCGUCAUUUGUGAUUAAUAAUACUCUUACACUCUUAUA